AUGUCUGAGCUCCUCUCUACGGAAUGGCUAAAGGAUUUGCCACUUAAGGAUCGUGAUUCGUAUGUUAAUACUGCGAAAUGUCUUGAGCAAGCUGAACGAUUUGACGAUAUGGCGGUUUGCAUGAAAGAAGUGACGAAGUUCGACAAGGAAUUGAACAAUGAAGAGCGAAACCUCCUCUCUGUUGCGUUUAAGAAUGUCGUUGGGUCUAGACGCAACUCUUAUCGGGUGCUGUCGAGUCGUUUGUCUCGAACUCAGGAUCCUGAAAAACAGAGUCUUACGAAGGAAUAUCUCGAUAUUCUCCAAAAAGAACUCAACGCUAUUUGUUCUGAUGUGUUGCAACUGAUAGAGGAGAGGCUUUACCCAUCAUGUUCUAAUGCUGAAGGGAAGGUUUUCUACAAGAAAAUGAUGGGUGAUUACUACCGAUACAAAGCGGAGAAUGCCAAGGGUGAAGACCACAAACAAGUCGUAGAGGCAUCUCUCAAAGCCUAUGAGGAGGCUACUGAAAUUGCGAACGAGAAGCUUAGCUGUACGCAUCCAAUUCGCCUCGGUCUUGCACUGAACUAUUCCGUCUUUUACUACGAAAUCAUGAACAGUCCCGAUCGAGCGUGUCAGCUCGCCAAGAAGGCUUUCGAUGAUGCUGUUAGCGACGUCGACAGUGCUAAUGAUGACUCCUAUAAAGAUAGCACUCUUAUCAUGCAACUUCUUCGUGACAACCUUGCUUUAUGGACUUCGGAUCCUGAAGAAACUGAGAACACCGAGGGUGCUGAGUAA